AUGUCUACAAAAUUCAUAGCGUUCGAUUCCAGUGUAGAUGACAUAGUAAUUGCUGUAUCAGAUGUAAAUGCAAAUUCUUCUACAGCCGUAUUUUGUCGUGCUCAGCAGAGUGCUCAACUUACAAAACUUGCGGUAUCCGACUUAAAAUACCGUUCUAUUAUUCGAUCGGCGCUUUCAAUGCUCCAUAAGUCAGAUUAUGGAAUGAAAGAAGCACUCACAGCAGCUGAACUCAUUUGGUCACUUUUAGAAGCCAUAUUCAUCAAAACUCAUGAUUCUUCGAUUGUAACGGAUUUAAUGGCUUGGGCUCGUUUAUACUUAGCUCAUACUCCAUAUGUUUAUGAAAUUUCGAAGUUUCUUACUAAAAACAAAGUGAAACAGCUGAACGGGCAACAUUUUUGGCUUCAAAUAAUAUACUUUGUACUGAGUGGUAAUUUCAACAAUGCUGCGUCAUUUUUGCAAACAUACGGCAAUCUAACUAAAGAUGAUGCUGUGCAUUGCUUAGCCCAGAUUAUUCAAGAAAUUGAUAUAGAUUUAUUGGACCAUGAAAGUACUGUUGUAGACUUUAUAAAUUUUCAGAAGAGACUACAAGAAAAAUGUGUGAAUGGUGUUUUUGAAACUAACCCAGAAGCUGAGAAAGUAGCAUUAUUGAUUGCUGGUGAUAUUCCAACCAUCAUGCAGAUUGCUCCAGAACUCGACAAUUGGUUUGAAUUAGUACCAGCGUACUUGCUUUUUGUUCAUCCACGUGCUACACUUCUUCAAAUUAAAGAAGCUGUUGAGGACUGCACUAAAAUUUUUGGUGUCAGCAAAUAUGAUGGGGUCGAUGCUGUAAUUUUUGAAUUACUCUCAUUAGACGCUUUACGAGCUCUGCAUCAAAUUUCACAGUUGAGUUUCAAUUGGUGGUUUCCAGCCCAUUUAGCUGAUUUGCUUCAAAAAGCUGAUGAACGAAUAACAAGUGCUUGUGGUAUGAACAUACGACAACAUUUGGUAAUCGAAUAUGGAUCAUCACUUUUUAAUAAUUUUGGAUUGUGGCAAGUAGGCUGUGAUUAUCUCCGAGAAGCCGGUGAAGAGGGGUUGCGGUAUUUAGAAUUGUUGAUAGCAAGAGUUCCAUUUUAUAAUGAAAGUGUUGCAAUAAAAUUAUAUUCACUAUGUGACGAAGUAGGUUUUGAUCAAAUUCGGCAAGACAUUGCACGAUGCAUGGCAUACAGAUUUUUGCGUAAAAAAUGGUGGAGUGCUGCCUUGUCUUGGUCAAUACGUUCACGUGAUAUUGAGAUCGUUUCCUCAGUUGCAGAUCAAGUUAUAUCGCUAUGUCCACCUCACGAGUUUUCAUCAAUCGUUGUUAUUGAACAUUUUACUGAAGUUGAGCUCAUUUCAUCAUCAUUUGUCUUCUUGCAUCGUUACUGUGAACUUCGGCAAAUAUUAGAAUCAAAUGAGAAAUGUAAAGCUGUUAAUUUACUGGUCGAGCUGAUGUUAUCUGAUUUUGUGCCGCUGAAAUUUCAUAGCUUACUUUUCUCGAAUCUCAUCGAUAUCCUCAGUGAUGAAAAUGAGGCUAUUUUGAAUAGAAAUGAUACAGAACAAUUACUGGGGCGUCUGAUACAACAUGAAGCAUGUAGUCCAUUUGAACGAGAUUCUAAUUUUUGGAAAACUCGUUUACGCACACUUCGUUUCCUGUUGCUUCAAAAUUUGGCACGGACGAUAAUUUCGUGA